AAUGGGAUUCCUGAUUUUGUCUUGGUCAGAGAGCCAUUGUUUCAAAACGUUAGGUUAUGGUUAACAGCCCAUAGUUUUCAGUUAUUAAUAAAUAGUUGCCUGAAUUGAAUGCAUGACGCGCGUAGAAACAGUAACCAGAGGGACACAACGUUAGCAACUGAAACAUGUAACGUUAAGUUACAUUGAAUACAAUUGCGUUCACUUAGGCCUGAAGGUAACGGCUAAGAUAUUUAAGACUUUUUCGUGGUGACAUGUUAAAAUGGAGUAUAAUUUCCCAGACAUUACAAAGAUGAAGGAUCCAACUCGUCAAAACAAAACCUCAGAGAAAAUGGCUGAGGCGAAGGACAGAGCUGCAGGUCCGGUCCGGGAAGGCUUUGACCUGCCUUCUACGGGUAAAAUGCUGUCCAGGCCUGGACUUCAUCUGGAGGAAAAAAUCGAACAAGAGAAGACCAGAUUGCAUCGUCUGAUCAGAGAGCAGAACCUCCUGAGUUUUUCCGUGACCAAAAAGGAGGCCAAGCUGAAGCUGCUGCAGGAGACACUGAGGGACAAAGACUUCAAGCCACCUGGUUACAACGAUGAAGACUCGUACAACCAGCGCAAACAGCAGCUGGAGAUCAACAAAGACAAGAUGAGCAUUAAGAUCAUCGCAGCUGAGGAUAUCUAUAUGGCCUACCAACAAAUCCAUGAACACCUGCUGCAGGAGGUCCGUGAGAUGUGCAAAGCCCACGACCACAAAGUGGACGCCGUCAGCAUUGGACAAGCAGAGGUGGAGAGAGCAAGCAAACAAUCCCAGGCAGCAGCAGCGGCUCUGGAGAGCUCACAGGGCUGGAUGGUUGACAUGGAUGACGAAUUCCUGAGGAAGAAAAGAGAAAUGGAUUUUGAGCUUUACCAACUGAAUGAAGACGAAAGGAAUCCAGAAAGGACACUCAAGCAUCUUAGUGCCACAAGCCAGAGCAGGCAGAAAGAGCGGGAAAUUGAUGGUGACCAAGGAAAGGAAGAAGCCACAGAUCAUCAGUGUUGUGACGUCAGUGGCGCUUCCCAGUCUGAAAGGAAGCUGGUGGAGGACAUGGAGGCUCUGCGAGAAGCUCUGGGCGACUCUGAUGUGCAGGAACUAGGUCACAAACUGGUGUCUCAGUGGGCCACCCAGGAGCAACUCCUUGCCAAGCUGACCCGGUACCAGGACCAGAUCAGACAGGGGGCCGAAGCCUUCGCCGAGCUGGACCUCCAGCACACCAAACUCAAGUUCGGGGCCGGACCUUCAGCCGCGAGGUUGGACGAGCUGAGGGCAGAAGUGAAGGCCGAGUGGGAAGAGAAAGCGCUCCGUGUUCAGCGACUGCAGGCCGAGCUGAAGCAGUCCCAGGACCUGUUGGACCGUGCGAAGCAGGGGGUCAACAACCUGUACUUCAGGAUGAGCUGCGUCUCCGUAGAGGGGGUUCCCAGUGCGUCCCGUACCGACUGCAUGGACCAACUGGAGGACAUCAGAGCCCGUCUGCCUAUAUUACUACAAAGAGCAUCGGAGCAGGAGGCAGACGGCGGCUUGCACCAAGAGACGCUUUACACUUUGCACGAACAGCUCAACACGCGGGAAUCAAGGAACGCCAAGACACAAAGCGCCCCUAUAGUCCCUCCCCAUCUCAGCGACGGCGAAGAGGGCAGCGCUCCGUCCCGCGAGGAGAUCAAACGCUGCAGCAGCAGGCUGAUUGAAGCCGGGCAGAAGAAGUCAUCAAGAGCCAAGUGGAAGCAGUAGAUACUCGGACCCCGCUGCGUGGUACCACGGGGCUAAUGAAAUAAACAAGGCGCCUCUGCUUUAGUUCACUGAUUGUUUGAUGUCACCGAUCCCAAUCAGCAACCCACUUGAAGAUGAAGGAGAGACUCAGGGAUUCAUUUUCUACACCACAGGCUAGACUCAGUAAUGGUAGCUGCGUCGUCUUUUUUUUUAUGAUCAAAGGGAAAUGAAUAUUACCCAUUUUAGGGUUUUACAUUCUCACUGUGUAUGAGAAUAAAUCGUAAGGAAGGCACAAAGACAAUCUUUGGUGAGGAUUGCUCUGCUGAUAUUGAACCGCUAGGUGGGAGCAUUGUGAUACUCAUUUAAAGAGGCAGGUUCAUCUGACUGGGCUGAAGCCAGCCGGUAUUAACAUCAAACACUCCGUUAUUUGCAAAACAGAUCUUUUUUUCUGGGCACACAUAUGUGGGCACCUGUACGGUGGCUUAUCCUGUUAGUGAAACACUUCACGCCUCGGCUCAUUUCGCUCUACAGAAUUUGCUGAACUCUUGACACAAAGAUUUGACACGCACCUGUGUCUGCGUAUCAACUGCACACGUCGACGAUGGCGCGUUGUGGCGUCACAUUCGUUCUUAGAGUCUGACUUACAAAAUAUGUUGCGUGAAUACAAAGUUAUUUUUUCACUUGAGACAAAAGCGUUUGGUUGUAUUUAUUUUCCCAUACAGAGUUCCCUUUUUUAAAAGCGGUGAUCAAUUUCAAAGACUCACCCACAUAGGCACAGCAUUCUGACCCAUGAUUACAGUCACCUGACCAGGGGCUUAAGUAGAGUUUCUUUGAAACAUAAAAAUUGAGAAAUACUGUUUCUUGGGCUCAAUCUGUUUAAGGUAAGGAAAAUAAGACAUCCCACUGCCCAGAAGUCUCCUUCGUGAUAUGAUGAUCACUUCAAUGAGCUGCCUGGAAAUAAAUAAAACACAAUGCAUAGGAUGUA